AUGCCCGAAGACAUUAAUGUAAUUGCCGUCAUGACUCCUCCGCCUUCGUCCAAGCGCUUUCUCCCACCAUCCACAGCCUCUGCUUCCAGGUCGACUACCCAUCCAUCGACGCGCAGGAUCAUUUUCCAAAGUUCGCGCUCAACCCAACUCACUUCCUCCCACCCCUCUCGUCCUGCCACUCCGCGAUUUCAAAAACAGCCUGUGGACAAAGAUGAGAUAGACACUAGUUUCGAAGACGAGACGGAGUCGCCAAUCAUCUCUGGGACAUUCGUCAAUACUCACGGGGAAGAUCUGAUCGAUGUGGAUGAGGAUGUCCUCCCAGUUCCAUCACCGCUGCUCUACCGGAACAAGAUCAUUGCGCCUCCGGCGAAAAAGCGCAAGACGAGUCACCCUGGUCAAAGGCCCGUAGAGCCAAUCACUGUUUCGUCCUCUCCCGGGUCUGAAAGUGAUGAUCACGCAUCAAGAGCUCCAUCUUCUGAAGCUUCGCACUCGGAUUUUGAAGAUUUCGAGGAUAGCAUGAUCCAACCUCCCUAUGGGGAAAUAUCGAAGACCACUCGUUUCCGGUCUGAGGUACCAAGACAUACAGAGUCGUCUGCGCAAGCUAAGAAUGCGUUCAAAGUAGAACCACAGAAAGACCACUCGGCACACCUAGCUAGCGGUUCUCUCCUCCCGGAUGUUUUCUCUCCCUCCAAGCGCAAAGGAAAACGAGAGUACAUUCCUGGCGGGAUUGCAGAACAGGUGAGACGGUGGGUGCUUGGGAUUGCUGCUCAGGACUUGCAGUCUGUCGCACUUGCAGAGACGAGCAUCACUAUUUCUCAAGCAAGAAUCGAUGAUAGCGGGCGAUUUUUGUUUGUCACGGACACGGCUGGAAAACAAUGGCUUCUGCCAGAACAACAGCAGAAAGCCGGCCUGGAACACAGGCUUGAUAUGACAAAUGUUCGUCCUGGCGCUCGACUUCUCUUGAAAGGCCAAGCUACAAAGUGGCCACUCCCACCUGACGUUGAAGAAGUUGAAGCCACCACUGUCAGCGCUUACUGGGAACUCGUUGCACCAGGGUAA